AUGGCGCGGUUCCUGAGACUUUGCACUUGGCUGCUGGCUCUCAGCCCCGGGCUCCUGGCGACCGUAAGAGCAGAAUGCAGCCAGGACUGCGCGACAUGCAGCUACCGCCUGGUGCGCCCGGGGGACAUCAACUUCCUGGCUUGCACGCUGGAGUGUGAAGGGCAGCUGCCUUCUCUCAAAAUCUGGGAAACUUGCAAGGAUCUACUGCAGACCACCCAGCCCGAGCUUCCCCAGGAGGGAGCCAGCCGACAGGACGACGGCCACUGGCUGGCCAAGAAGUAUGGAGGCUUCAUGAAGAGGUAUGGGGGCUUCAUGAAGAAAACAGAUGAGCUUUAUCCCUUGGAGCCAGAAGGCGAGACCAACACAGGCGAGAUGCUGGGCAAGCGGUAUGGGGGCUUCAUGAAGAAGGAUGCGGACGAGGAGGAGACCCUGGCCAAUUCCUCAAACCUCCUGAAGGAGCUGCUGGCCACGGGCGACAGCCGCGACGGUGGCCACCAGCACGAGGGUGGUGACCGCGAAGAAGAGGUGAGCAAGAGGUAUGGUGGCUUCAUGCGGGGCGUGAAGAGAAGCCCUGCAGUGGAAGACGAGGCCAAGGAGCUGCAGAAGCGUUAUGGCGGUUUCAUGCGCAGGGUGGGCCGCCCCGAGUGGUGGCUGGACUAUCAGAAGCGCUACGGGGGCUUCCUCAAGCGCUUCGCCGAGGCCCUGCCCUCGGACGAAGAAGGUGAGGCUUAUUCCAAAGAGGUCCCCGAGAUGGAAAAGCGAUACGGAGGGUUCAUGCGAUUUUAACACCCUUUUCCUGUAGGUGACCCCAGCCCCUUCCCAUCCUCACUCCUACCCGUACCCCAGCUCCCCCCUUCCCGCCUGGGAAGCUGCCUCGUGGAUCUUGUGGUGUUAUCAUGUGUUGCUUGGUCCCUGUGUUUGCCUUGUCUGGCUACCUCUGCAGUCCGACCAUUGACAUUGGCCGUGCUGCCUUUGCCCCCAGGGUCUUCAAGCUCGGCUUUUGUCUUUCCCUCUCUUGUUUUUCCUGCCAAAAUAUUUUUGUUACUCUGUUCCUUGUUUUUUGAACAACCUCACUCAAUGCUUCCUUGUAUAUAAACCUAAUAAACUCGUUACCCCA